CCCAGCACAAGCACUUUCUGAUUUAUGGAUCUAAUCCAAGCUAAAUACAUUUGUGCAUUGUAUAUAUUCAUAGCAUCCGAGAUAGAUGAAUCUGUGUGCAUGUGUCACUGCAAUCUCAGAGAGAAUGUAAAAAUGCUGAACAUAUGCCAAAGGGGAAAAAAAAACAAAACAAAAAAGCUUGAGGAGCUGAAGAGCUUGGACCCUGACCAAUGACCCCACCCAUCCUGAGUGCACAAAAGUGUAGGGAGGGCUAUAUGGGGCUCAUACCAUCAUCCUGCAGGUGGCUGCAAAGGAUGUAACGUGCAUAAUGAUGCUGCCGGGAUUCAGAUUCAGACAUGUUCUGCACUUGUUUACUCUCUAUACCUCACAUCUGAGCUCCGGAGACACGACUUCACCAUGACAGGGGGAAAAGGAUGCUGUAAGAGUUUGCAUGGAUGCAUCGUUGAAAAUCUGGAAAGGUGGAAAGGUGAAAUUUCACGUCGAGUUUGGUGUUUCGAUUUUGCCGGAUAUGAGGCUUUAACAAAGAUGGCGAUUUCUUUUGGCCUGAACGCAACCAGAACCAUCCUGAUCUCCGGACAGAUUUAACACGUGGAUGACUUAUGACGUCAAACGCUGCACUGUAUGCACCACCUGAUGGUGAGAAGUUUAAGAAUUCAGCAAUAAUCACAAGAGCCAGUUUACAGCAGAUGUGUAAUGGUGCCCAGUGAAGAAAACCUCACAGCUGUGUUAAACCUAGACAGCUGUCUGAACUGCACCCAGACGUCAGUGUAUGAUGUGAACCUCCCGAAGGUGGUGACCAUGGCGGUGGUCUUUAUCUUCUUCGUUGUGUUCGGAGUAAUGGGUAACGUGCUGGUCAUCGUGUCUGUCGCGUGCCACCGUCAUCUCCGUUCGGUCACACACUACUUCGUCGCCAACUUAGCUGUUGCUGAUCUACUGCUGAGCUGCGUGGUUGUACCGUUGUCAGCCUCAUCUGAGGCACUGGGACGCUGGGUUUUCGGCCAGGCUCUUUGUGGCGUGUGGGCGUCUCUCGAUGUCCUGUGCUGCACCGCAUCCAUCUUCAACCUCUGCGUCAUCUCCAUGGACCGCUGGCUGGCUGUCAGCUAUCCGCUGCAGUACCCAUGUCUCGCCACAAGUCGACGUGCUAUCGGUGCCAUGGUGGCUGUCUGGGUGGCGUCGGCUGGCAUUUCUGUCGGGCCACUGUUUGGCUGGAGAGAGCCGAUGCCUGACGACGAAUCGGUGUGUAGAGUCAACGAAGACACGGGAUAUGCCGUUUUCUCGGCCGCCUGCUCCUUCUACGUUCCCCUCACUGUAAUAUUAGUCAUGUACUGUAAAGUCUACGUGGUGGCACACAGGAGAGCAAGAAGUCUCAAUGAUGGGCAGUGGCACAGCGAUGUAAAGGACAGGGUGGUGUUCAGGAUCCACCGCGGCAAUGCUCAGAGGUGUGGAAAGGAAGAUGACGUAAGUAGGAAAUGUCGCUCCUAUGGUGCCCUUGUGAAGCUGCUCACAUUCUCGAGGGAGAUGAAAGCGGCGAAGACCCUGGGCAUCGUGGUGGGCUGCUUCGUCCUCUGCUGGUUCCCCUUCUUCCUCGUGCUGCCCAUCAGCUCCAUCUUCCCGUCUCACAGACCCUCAGACGCGGUGUUUAAGAUCACCUUCUGGCUUGGAUACUUCAACAGCUGCCUAAACCCCAUUAUCUACACCUGCUUCAGCCAGGAGUUCAAAAAAGCCUUCCAGAACGUUCUCAAAGGCUGCUGCUUAUGCAGAACCACCGCCGCCACACCUCUGACCCGAAUCGCCUUCCAUCCUGCCCCGCCUUCAUGUCCCGUCACUCAUUCUGCCCCUCAGUUUACUCAGACAGGGGCAAAUCAGAUGAGUAAAAGCUUCCUGAAGGCCUGUUGCUUCAGCGCCAGGGGCAGAAGUACCAGCACUGAGACCCGUCACGUCUUUGUGGACAUGAAAGGCAUGACGGCAGGACAGGCGGUGUGAGACAUGACGAACGUGAUUGUUAUGGAAAAAUUGGAUUAUACAGAUGGGGAUAUAAAAGUCGACACACCCCUGUUAAAAUUCAGGUUUUUGUGAUGUAAAAAAAAUAAUAAAUAAAUAAAAAAAGAAACUAAGAUAAAUCAUGUCAGAACUUUUUCCGCCCUCGACGUGAAAGUACAACCGAUAUCAAUUCAAUGAAAAACCAAUCAGGAGAAAGAAGAACGUCACGAUAACCUGGUUGCAUAAGUAUGCACACCCUUAUAUAAUUUGGGAUGUGGAUGUGCUCAGAAAGAACCUGACAAAAUCUGAUCUCAGUGUCGUCCUUUUAGUUCACAAAAACCUGCCGCUUUAACGGGGAAACUUUCUGAUAAAUCCGUGUAUCAUUUUUCACUGCCGAUUUUGACGAAAAAUAAAUAAAUUAAAAAAAAAAAAAAAAAAAAUAAAGAAUAGACUAUACAUUCUUUUACAAUGCACGUUUCUGGUUCUGUUUCAGAUCAGUCCUUGUACAGCUGGAUGUUUUCUUGCUCAUCUUUGUUCCUAAAAUGAGCUUUUGUUUCUGGGAGUUUGUUAACAAAAUGAAUAAACAUAAUAAAAACGCCGCCCCAGCAUGUUGUAGAACUUCUGUCUCUCUCUCUCGCUCUCUCCUUAUUAUUAUUAUUAUUAUUAUUAUUGCAGAAAAUACAAUGUUCUGCACUUCCACUUCUAUCCCCUCGUCCUUCACAUUAGGCAGGUGUGUUCGUUUUCCCCUCUCUGCCGUUCCCCUGAGGUUCUCCUGACUAUAUCUUAUUUCCAUAAGCGUGUUGUUCAUUCAUCCGUGCUCUGCAUGCUGAGGAGAAAUGUCCCUCAGAUGUAGACUGUAGGUGGGCAACAGAUACAGUAGUAGCACAUACAUGGAGAGGAAAUCACUCUUUCACAGACUGCAAAGGGCCUAAUCAAAAGUUCCGGGCGUGCUUCUCGGACACAAGACAUAGGGUGCAACUCGAAAUACAAAAAUCGCCAGCAGAAAUAAGGAAAUUUUGCAUACUUGAAUGUGCUGUACUCGUGAAACGAAAUCGAAGGGAAUCCAGCAGCGUGUUAGUCCGGGUGGAUCUGUGCACAUUUUCCGACGAGAUCGGGUUUGUUGUUUUUCUUAAAGCACACUCUUAAAAAUAAAGGUUCUUCAAUGGAUCUUUACAGCAGCACAGGUUCUGCAAAGAACCUUCGUCUUGUCAAGAACCGAUUUUUCUUGAGUUGAGCUAUAUGCUCGUUUGGAGAUUAAAGAAGUUCUUUAUGUUGCAUUAUAGGUUCUUCGGAGCAGUGUAUUGGUUCUCGAAGGUAUCGUCCCUUAACAGGGUGAAAUUGGAAAAUGUUCCCGUGGCAUCACUCUCAAGAACCUUACUUUGGUUCCUUAACAGGGUGAAAUUGGAAAAGGUUCUCAGGACAUCACUCUCAAGAACCUUACUUUGGUUCCUUAAAGCAAUAACUGAGAAUUUAUUUUAGAUAACAUGGUUCCUUGUUGCCACAACUAUGAAGAACCAUUUGUGGGUUCUUUAAAGCACCAGUAAAUACAUGAUUCUUUAAAGAACUUGAAAGUAAAAGGUUCUUUGUGCAACUUAAAAGAGUUCUCCUAUGGCUUCAGGAUGAAACCCCCCCCCCUUUUUACUUCGAACUGGAACCUUUAUUUAUUUUAUUUUUUUUAAUGAUACUGGGUAUCAGAUCGGUGCUAUCUCUAUCUCUAUCUAUUACUUUUAUCUAUCUGUUAACCUGUGAAAUAAAACGUUCUUGAUAGCGGACUCUAUCCUAACUCUACAUGGACGAAUACAUCAGGAUAUGGACAAAACUGACUUCUGAGCACUGUAGAAUAGAAAACAACGAGGAAAAGAGCUCUAGAAGAGGAAUACAGAGCCACCUAGUGG